AUGGCAGAGAAUCAGGUCCGGAUCCUGGGGCCAACCACUGCGGCUCACGACAAAAUCUUGACGCCACAAGCAAUUCGCUUUGUCUCUCUCCUGCACCGAUGUUUUAAUGCACGGCGCCUGGAGCUCCUCCGCGCUAGAGAGGCUCGCCAGGCCGAGUUCGACCGCGGCACGCUCCCUACCUUCCUCCCUGAGACUGUCAAAAUUCGGGAAGAUCAGACAUGGAGGGCUGUUGGGCCUGCUCCGGGGCUGGUCGACCGUCGCGUCGAGAUCACAGGGCCGACAGACCGAAAGAUGGUCAUUAACGCACUAAACUCCAGCGUACAGACAUUUAUGUGUGACUUCGAAGACUCACUCUCGCCGACAUGGGAGAAUCUUAUCAAUGGCCAGGUGAACCUCUUCGACGCAGUGCGACGCGACAUUCGCUUCAAUCAGAACGGCAAAGAAUAUUCCCUCAACCUCCAAAAUGGCCGUACACCCCCGACCAUCAUCGUCCGCCCGCGAGGCUGGCACUUGAACGAGGCUCACUUUCUAGUCGGCAACGAGCCCGUCUCGGGCGCUAUAUUCGACUUUGCACUCUACUUUUUCCACAAUGCCACCGAGUCUGUGAGACAAGGCUUUGGGCCAUACUUUUAUCUCCCAAAACUGGAAUCUCACCUUGAAGCGCGGCUGUGGAAUGAUAUCUUCAACUUCUCGCAGGAUUACAUAGGAAUGCGCCGCGGUACGAUCCGGGGCACGGUGCUGAUUGAAACAAUCACCGCUGCGUUUGAAAUGGAUGAGAUCAUAUAUGAACUGCGCGAGCACAGCUCGGGGCUGAACUGUGGGAGGUGGGACUAUCUUUUCUCGAUGAUUAAGUGCCUCAGGCAACACAGGAAUUUCGUGCUGCCCGACCGCAGCGCUGUCACAAUGACAGUACCCUUCAUGGACGCAUAUGUCAAGCUACUGAUCAACACCUGCCACAAGCGGGGUGUGCAUGCUAUGGGCGGUAUGGCUGCUUUGAUCCCGAUAAAAGGGGACGAUGCUGCAAACGCGGAUGCCAUGGCCAAGGUGAGCGCGGACAAGCUGCGUGAGGUAAAGGCUGGACAUGAUGGCACUUGGGUGGCCCAUCCGGCCCUGGCCCCGAUUGCCGCCGACGCCUUCGACUCGUACAUGCCAGGCCCAAACCAACUCUUCCAGUUACGCGAGGAGUGGGCUGGCCUUAGCUCCCAUGACCUGCUCAACACGCACGUAGAAGCCGCCUCGGUGACCGAGGCUGGCAUCCGAAAGAACAUCUCCGUGAGCCUACAAUACAUGGAAGCCUGGCUUCGGGGCAAUGGCUGCGUCGCGGUUGACCACUUGAUGGAGGACGCCGCUACAGCAGAGGUUUCUCGCUCACAGGUCUGGCAGUGGGUCAAGCACGGCGUCACAACUUCAGACGGAAGAAGAGUUGAUAAGGAGUAUGUUCUGUCUGUUCUGAAGGCGGAGACCGUCGCAUUACUCCAAGCGUCCAAGAACUCGAACAACAAAUUCGAGCUCGCGUCCAAGUAUCUCGCUCCUGAGAUCACAGGGGAACAGUACUCGGAUUUCCUGACAAAGUAA